AUGGAAUUUGUGGAGUUAAUACAGACACCAAAGUUAGAUGGAGUUUUUUUGCAUGACCACACAAACGCUACUAUAGAAGGGCGUCUGUGCAUAACUGGCCAUCACUUGUUAUUGAGCAGUGCACGGCAAGAAAACAGUCAGGAACUUUGGUUAAUGCACAAAAAUAUUGAUUAUAUUGAAAAGAAACCAUAUAUGGUCCAAAACACUGUCGUUGGUGGUCUCAUAACGCUUAAAUGUAAGGAUUUGAGAAUAAUAUCGCUACGUAUUAAAUAUGCCAAGGAGUACUUAAACAUUGUUGCCUCGCUGGAAGCAUUGAGCACUCUUAACAAUCCCGAGUUGGAAUAUCCAUUCUUUUAUCGACCUAUGUACACAAUAUUAGAAGAUGGCUAUACAAUAUUUCGGCCCGAACUGGAGUUUGCCAAGCUUAUAUCUCCUAGUUCCUGCAACAAUGGCAUGACUUCAAUUAAUAACACAAAUUCAACUUUAAAUCCACUAUCGAUGCUACAUUCUCCUUGUUCAAAUGACCAUGACAACAAUAUUGGUACCACGGGCGUAGGUUGUGAAUGGCGUAUUACCAACGUAAAUAAAGAUUUCAAAAUAUGUCCAACAUACGGAUCGGUUUUGAUAGUACCAAAGCAAAUUACAGAUGAUCAAAUAAUACAAUCUGCAGCCUUUCGAGAUGGGGGGCGAUUUCCAGUUCUUAGUUAUCGGCACGACAAUGGGGCGGCCCUACUAAGAAGUGCUCAGCCUGUAUCAAUUCAAGGUAUAAAGCGAUGCCGCGCCGAUGAAUCUAUAUUGAACGUUGUUCUGGGUCGAAGUAAAAAAGGGUUCAUUGUAGACACAUGGGGUAAAGGAAAGUCUAACACCGAAACUGACCAGCACUAUUCGCAAUGGAAAAAAGUUAAUCGUUCGAUUGGCAAUAUAUCUUCGCCUGCAGCAAUAUUAGAGAGUUUCUCGAAAUUAAUUGAAGCUUGCAACGACGUCAGCUGUUCACCCGAUAAAUGGCUUUCUCGUUUAGAAAGUAGUAAUUGGCUGAGCUUAGUAUUGGGUUCGUUAAACGCAGCUUGUGUUGUUGCACAAUGUCUUGAUCAGGAAGGCAGUCCUGUUUUAGUUCAUGGAGCCAAAGGUCUGGAUUCUACCCUCAUCGUUACGUCACUUGUGCAAAUUAUUUUAAAUCCCGAUUGUCGUACUGUGCGCGGAAUACAAGCUUUAAUUGAACGGGAAUGGAUACAGGCUGGACAUCCGUUUGCCUCUCGACAUCGUUACUCAUGUUACACUCCCUCACAAAAUCGUCACAAAAGCAAUGGCGCAACAUUUGUUCUAUUCUUGGACUGUAUUCAUCAGUUGUAUAAACAGUUUCCUUGCAGUUUUGAAUUUAGUACCCAAAUGUUAAUAUUGAUUUUUGAGCAUAGCUAUUUUUCUCAGUAUGGGACAUUUCUUUGUGAUUCUGAAAAAGAACGUCACGAGUUGAGAGUCCAUUCGCGCACUACAAGUCUGUGGUCAUAUUUAAAUAGACCGGAAGUGCUCAAGAACUUCCUAAACCCAAUGUACGAACCUAAUCCUCGUGUAAUAUGGCCUUCAGUUGCUCCAAUAAGUUUAGAAUUAUGGAGUGAAUUGUACUUAAGAUGGAUUGUGGAUCAAAAAAAUAGUGAAUGGACGGCAACGCAAAUUCAAGAACUCAUAACAAAUGAAAAGGAGCUGAGAGCAAAGGCAAUGAAGUUAAGGAAACAAGCAUCAGAAAUGGCAAAUGAGGUGUUAUCCAUGCUGAACUCGAGUUACUGA